AUGUCUCUUGGAAGAACCUUCAAGCUCAACUCGGGCUACCAAAUCCCUGCGGUUGGCCUCGGGACCUGGCUCUCCAAGCCUCAUGAGGUUGAGAAUGCGGUCGAAUCCGCCCUGCGCAAAGGAUACCGUCACAUUGAUGCUGCUGCAUGUUAUCAGAAUGAGAACGAAGUAGGAAACGGAUGGAAAAAGUCCGGUGUUCCUCGUGAAGAAAUCUUUAUCACUAGCAAGCUGUGGAACACCCACCACCACCCCGACCAUGUGGAGGAAGCGAUCAACAAGACGCUGAGCGACCUCCAAACCGACUAUUUGGAUCUUUACUUGAUCCACUGGCCCGUCGCCUUUGCUCACACUAAUGAAACCCUCACUCCGACCGACCCGGUCACGAAGCGAUUCCGACUAGCCGAUGUUCCGGUCUCCGAGACCUGGGCUGCUCUUGAGAAGUUCGUCCAGGCCGGCAAGAUCAGAAGUCUGGGAAUCAGUAACUUUACCAUCGCGGCGACGAAAGAGCUGCUCAAGACUGCGCGGAUUCCCCCUGCCGCCAACCAGAUCGAGGCGCACCCUUACUUGCUGCAGCCGGAACUCUUCUCGUAUUUGAAGGCACAGAACAUUCUUCCUGUUGCAUAUUCACCACUCGGCAACAAUAUCUACAACCUCCCUCGUGUGGUCAAUGACCCUGUGGUUGAAGAUAUUGCCAAGAAACUCAACAAGGAUCCUGCCCAGGUCCUGAUCUCUUGGGCCAUCCAGCGAGGCUCUGCUGUCUUGCCCAAGAGUGUCACGCCUUCUCGGAUCGAGAGCAACUUCCAAGACUUUGUUAUUCCCGAUGAGGAGUUUGCGGCUUUGAACAAGCUCGACAAGAACACACGCUACAAUUAUCCAUUCCGUUGGGGUGUGGAUGUGUUCGAGGAAUUGGGUGCUGCCGAAGCCGAGCGUCGCGCCGAGGAGCAUGCUGCGUCUCAGCGAACUAAUUAA